AUGGCAGACCAGCGAAGAGACUUUGGUGUGACGUCUCACACUAUUUUGCUGGUACAGCCUACCAAGAGGCCAGAAGGCAGAACUCAUGCAGACUAUGAAUCUGUGAAUGAAUGCAUGGAAGGCGUUUGUGAAAUGUAUGAAGAACAUCUGAAAAGAAUGAAUCCCAACAGUCCUUCUAUCACAUACGACAUCAGUCAAUUGUUUGAUUUCAUUGAUGAUCCGGCAGACCUCAGCUGCCUGCUUUACCGGGCUGAUACCCAGCCUUAUAACAAAGACUGGAUUAACGAGAAGAUCUACGUGCUCCUUCGGUGGGCCCAACAGGCUGGGAAAUAA